AUGGAAACUGGUAACAUCACGGCCACAGCCUCGUCUGAGAAGACGAGCCAAAUCAUCGCUGGAAACGAUGCCGUUCUUUCAUUACCGCUGACCAUCUUGGAUGGUACCGAGGGAGAAGAGAUUGUUUACCUACGCGGAAUACGUUUUGCGAUGCUCGCUGCCUUGAUCGGCAUUAUGGUUUUCAUAGUAAGUGUGGAAGCAAACGUCGCUGUUACAUCGUUUGUGACUAUCACGCGCGAUCUUGGGGGGUUUGAAACUAUCAGUUGGAUUCUAUCUGGUUAUCAGCUUGGAUUUGUUGCGUCCAUUGCCAUAUCUGCUAAAUUGAGUGACAUAUUCGGUCGCAAGCCCAUCACUGCAGGGUUUCUGCUGAUAUUCACGGUCUUCUCGGCGGGUUGUGCUGCUUCUCAGACCAUGACUGCACUUAUUGUCGUCCGAGCAUUUCAGGGUCUAGGUGGCGGUGGUUGCUACACGUUGGCCUCGAUCCUUAUUGUUGAUUCUGCCCCACCAGAGAGGUAUGGAAAGUACGUCACUGUGGCAGGUAUUGCGAUCGCUCUGGGGACCGUUCUUGGGCCAAUUAUUGGCGGAUCUAUCACCGAAAAUACAACUUGGCGAUGGAUAUUUUUGUUCAAUGUGCCCAUCGGCGCAUUAGCUCUCUUUCUAGUCUUACUUGGUAUGCCUAACGGCUUUCCCUACAAGCAGCGAGGUCGCCGCCAUAAAUCAUUCAAUGCCGUAUUAAGGACACUUCGGGACAAGUUAGACAUUACAGGCUCAGUUUUGCUACUAUUUGCAGUCUUGUCUUUCACAGCAUGUUUCAUGGAAGCUGAUUCGCGGUUUCCUUGGAAAUCUGCGUACGUUAUUACGCUCUUGAUUACCUCAGUUAUCCUAUCGAUUGCUUUGUUGACCUGGGAGCGGCAUGUUACGUUGACUGACAAGGUGCGUGAGCCGGUACUGCCUUGGCGGUUCUUUACAAAUCGUGUAAUGAUUGGUAUCCUACUUGUAAUGAUGCUUGUUGGCGCGCCUAUGAGUGUCACUACCUUCCAGCUUCCUCAGCGAUUUCAACUCGUCAAUGGACUUUCAAGCCUCGAUGCUGGAAUUCGACUGCUACCAUUUGGGGCUGUGUUUCCUGUUGGUUGCAUGGCAGGUACUAUUAUUGCAGGAAAAUUUAAAGUUCCAGCAAUUUACUUGAUAUUUGUCGGAUCGAUAUUCCAGAUAAUUGGCUAUGCACUACUCAGCACUUUGAGUACAUCUGCACAUAUUGAAACGGCCGUAUAUGGCUACCUCAUCAUAUGUGGCUUCGGUUGUGGUUUAACAUUUACAAUGGCUUACAUCAUGGUUCCUUUUACGGCUGACCUAUGUGAUAAAGCGGCAGGAAUGGCUUCGGCUAACCAGUUCCGGGCGAUGGGAAGCGCUAUAGGGCUAGCUAUUGCUACAUCCGUUUUCAACGGGUACACGUUGUCUCAUUUUGCGGACUUGGGGAUUGGCGGUUCCAUGACAGAUCUAAUUACUGGACAGUCAUCACUUCCUGAGUCUGUACGCGAAAAUACUAGGCGUGUUCUGUCUGAAGGCUAUAACCGUCAGAUGCUUGUUCUAUGUGUGAUCUCGGCGGUGCAGAUACCAAUUGCGAUGCUGAUGUGGAAACGAAAACAAAUUGUAACCACGUAG